CCAUACUGAAUUCACGUAUCAGAACUCUCUCUCUCUCCCUCUCUGCCACACUAGCCUCUCAUUUCGUUCACUUCACUGUUCAUUAUCUCCUUCGAUCCUUUCCUUUCAAUCCAUGGCUGAGGGUUUUGAGCCCUACCAUGUUCCUCAACAGAGCAGGAGAGAUAAGCUCCGGUUCUUGCCGGGUCCACCCCACCCGGUCUGUGUAGAGCCCGGACCUCACCACCUUCACGGUUGUGCUGCUGCUACUGCCUUCUAUGAGCCGACCUCAAUCUCACUCCUCUCCUCAUCAGAUUUGCUCUCGUGCCCCAAAGAAGAGAGCCACGUGAAUCUGAUGCCUUACAUGAACUCUUCGCAACCUUCCUCGUCCUUACAUAACUUUCGUCCUCCCUACUUGGAUCCUCAACCUUCGAGUUUCGCCAACUCUGUCCAAGAUAUUAACAGUCUCAACAACUUGUUUCUUUAUCCGAGCCAACAGAAUCAUCAUCAUCAUCAUCAUCAACUGAGAGGAGACUUCCACAAUGAACAAGGACUGUUCAGACCGGAACCGUUGUCUUUGUCUCUUUCUUCACAACCUAUUGAGGUCCAUAACCUGCAGAGGUACGGCUAUUCGGGCAUUAACGACGGUGUUCACGGGUCAAGAAGUCCGGGCCCAACUCCUCUGGGGCCGUUUACCGGCUACGCUUCCAUUUUGAAGGGAUCGAGGUUCUUGAAGCCAGCUCAGCAGUUGCUAGAGGAAUUCUGCGAUGUGGGCAGCUCUAGUCGUGAUAUUUAUGCUGCUGUUAGUAGAACUAUGACAGACGAGUCUUCCUCGUUUUUGGAUGAUCCUCCAAUUGAGAGCUUGGACGAUCCGGCUAGUGUUGGCGGCGCCGACGGAGGUGAGAGUCGGAGAAAGAAGUCAAGGUUGAUUUCCAUGCUGGACGAGGUUUACAGGAGGUACAAGCAAUACUAUCACCAGAUGCAGGCAGUGGUGACCUCAUUUGAGUAUGUUGCUGGGCUUGGAAAUGCAGCUCCUUAUGCAAACUUAGCAAUAAAGGCCAUGACUAGGCACUUUAAGUGUUUGAAAAAUGCAAUUACUGAUCAGCUUCAAUAUUCAAGAUCAAGUAGGGAUUCUAUUACAUAUGUGAGCCGUGACAAAGAUGAAGCUAUUCCAAUGCUCCGUAGUAAUACUACUCGAGGCAUGUAUGGCCACAGAUCUUUCCAAAGCACAGAGUUUUGUGAGCCCCAGCCUGUUUGGCGACCUCAAAGGGGGCUUCCUGAGCGUGCAGUUACUGUUCUUAGAUCCUGGUUGUUCGAACACUUCUUGCAUCCUUACCCUACUGAUACAGAUAAAAUUUCACUGGCUAAACAAACUGGACUAUCACGGAGCCAGGUUUCAAAUUGGUUCAUUAAUGCAAGAGUAAGGGUCUGGAAACCGAUGGUGGAAGAGAUACACAUGCUAGAAACCCGGCAAGCUCAUCGUAAUGCUGAUAGGUCAGAUGAUCAUGAUCAUUUACCUUCCACAAACUCAGUUGCAUCUGAGAAUCCUUCAACAUCCACUUAUAGAGCUCGAGACACAGCAUCUAAGCGCCCAAGAAGUGAGUUUCCAGAUGUUACAGUUGCAAGUACCCAUCAACAAUUGAACAUGUCCUACAAUAACUUGCCAAACCAUCUGCAUCAUGUUGGUCAGGUUGGUGGGAGUAUGGCAGGAGGGAGUACUAGUGGUGUGUCGCUAACGCUUGGACUUCAUCACCAAAAUAAUGGUAUCGGAUUGUCGGAGCCACCCUAUGCUAUCAUUAAUACACCUCAACGCUUCGGCCUUGGCCUUGAGGGAAGUAGCGAUGGGUACACAAUGGGCGGCUUUGAUGCACAAAAUCGGCAUUUUGGAAGGGAUGUCAUGGGAGGGCAACUUUUGCGUGAUUUUGUGGGAUGAACAUAGAAGAAUAUGAGAAUCUGGACAUAUCAUGGAUUUGGAUAUUUAAUAUUAUACUAACAAAAUUGCAAUCAGAUGUCAUUUGUCAAAAUUAAACCAGGAUCCAAAUGGUAAAAAAGAGUGAAUAUGAUUUGCCUAGCUAUUCCUGUUGGUGUUUUGGUAUCGCACUCCUUUGUGUAAAUUCCGGAUAAUAUUCCGAGAACGUAUAUGUUUGGUGUUAGAAUUUUUAUGUUAACAAAUGUCUAUAUGCAAACUAGGGAUUAGACAUAGCCUUUGAUCAGGACGUUGUGCUUCAAUCCGACAUGAAUGAUCUGCCCUAAGUUUGUAGGGUUUGCCUUCAUCUCAUGACUUAUGUUG